AUGUUUUCUAAAAGUUCUUUAUAUUUACAAGAUAAUAGUAUUAAACAAUACAAUAAUAAUCAUAAUUCUCUUUUAGUUUUUUAUAAUGCAUAUCUUUAUUAUAAUAAUAAUAUGUAUGAACAACAUCGUUCUGAUCAAAGAAGUUCAACUUCAAAUUAUUAUCAACAAAAAAAACGAAAAGAAUCAGAUUUAAAAUUAAAUAAAUCAAAGAAAAAAUCUUCGAAAUCUGAAUUUGAUGAUGCUCGAUUAUUUUGUGAUGAUUGUAAUAAAUUUUAUGAUAAUAUUUGUCCAUAUCAUAAACAAUCUUAUAUUCCUGAUAAAAAAAUAUCAAAAUCUUUAAUUAAACAUUCACAACGAUUAUCUGAUCUAACUUGUCCAGAUGGAAUUAUUAUAAAAUCAUCAACUAUAUUGAAAGCAGGCAAAGGUGUAUUUGCAACAAAAAGAUUUGAAAAAAAUACUUUCUUUGGACCUUAUAUGGGUACACGUCAUUCAAAUUUUAAAAGUGCACAAGAAUCAGGUUAUGCUUGGAGUCCUAAUACAGUUGAACAACAAAAUUUACAACCUAUUCAAUAUGAUCGAAAUAUGUUCUAUAAAACAAUGAGAACAAUUCGUCCAGGAGAAGAAUUAUUUGUUUAUUAUGGAGAUGAUUAUGCUCGUUUUCUUGGUAUUAAACCCUUUAGUAUGAACAUAAUACAAAAGAAUAUUGAUGAUAAUCAUAAUAUCAAUGAUAAUGAUUAA